AUCUGAGUGCGCGCGUCCCGAGCAAAGAACUCCUCGUGCGAGGGGACAGUUUCGCGCAUUAUAUUAAUGUACUUUUGCGCUAAAAUAAUGCACUCUCGAUAUUUGUCAUUAAAAUAACGCCAUAUGAUUCAGAAUGACUCAAAUCAGUAACGGAGUGAAAAUAAAAUAAUUAAUUUGAGAAAAUUAUCCAAUCUAUUGAGAUGGCCAAUCAAAUCAAAGAAGGCGUGGUUUACCGUUCAGAAGCGAAGCGUCAGUUUUAGCUUUGAAAGACAGUGAGGUAAGUAAGGUGAAACUGGAAGUAGCGAAAAACAUAUUUGACAAAUAUUUUAGGAUAGAAAUGUUAAACGACCGACAGCGACAGUAAUAUCCAGUGAUGCAAACUACUCGAUUUUUCCUCAAAUGUGGCCGUUUUACAAAUCCUCACUCAGUGUUAGUACAAGAAACGUAACUUACGUUCGACAGGCUAUACAAAUAUGUGCUUAUUUUAAAAUAUUAUUUGCAAAUAGUGAUAGAAACAAUAUCGACAUAUCGCCCACGACUGUGAUCGAAAGCUGCUGUUUCUAUGGCAACUGUGGAACGACGAUUUUUAUGACGUCACUCACAGAACCGAGUAAUUAGACAUACUUGCAGAAUCUCUUCACUUCGAUGAUUUUCUGAGCAGAAACGCGAGUCUGAAUGAAAGUCUACCAAUACAGACCGUUCAAACACUGUCCAUAUAGAAAGAGUCUAUACUCGGCGUGUUGACACAUACAGUUUAUAGACUCAAUCUGUACUCACGGUGUGUUUCACUUAAAAUUUGACAACUCUACUGACAUGAUCAGAUCCAAAACACCAGACACCAUCAUGUCUUCAGAACCGAGAGAGGUGCUUGUGGAUGUUUAUGUCAAUUGCGUCUUCUACUGCACUGACAGUUUCUGGGAAUCAUAUGACCAAGAUGUGGAGUCAGAGAUCACCAGUGCCAUCUAUGACCAUUUCAAUUGCUAUAAACCAGAGAACAUGCAUGUGCAGCUGGAAGAGGUUUUCUGUGAGGAGAAAGAUGUGCAGCUGGAGGCUGACGUCAAUGAUGCCAUCUCAGAGUCAGUGUCACUGGUGUCUGAAGAACUGACCGAUCCAGUGGGGCCUUCCACAGAAGUGGAGGGAAGCAUCAGUGAGAUUGAUCAGGAAGGCAUGGAUGUUUCUCCUGAAACCUCUGAGGAGAACAUCCCAACAGAAUUUGCCAAAGUGAGGAAGACAAUCAGUGAGUUCUUCCUAACUGGGAUUUCACCACAGUCUAAGACUGAUCUGGCUGUUUCCGAGUCGCUGUGUGAAGAGGCAGGAAGCAGCAGUGAGAUCAGUCAGAGUGGCGUGGAUGCUUCAUCUGAAAUCUCUGAGGAGGACAUCCCAAUAGGAUGUCCAUUACUUUGCCAAAGUGAGGAGGACCAUUAGUGAGUUCUUCCGGACUGGGAUCUCAGCACAGCCCAAAACUGAUCUGGCUGUCUCCGAGUUCCCAUGUAAAGUAGCAGGAAGCAGCAGUGAGAUUGGUCAGGGUGGCUUGGAUGCUUCUUUUGAUAUCUCUGAGAAGGACAUCCCAAUAGUGUGGUGAAUUCAUGUGACCAACCUGAAUAUGAGGGAAAUCUGCAUGGGAAUUUUUUUGGCCGUCACUUGAUUUCGCCAUCUCAGAGCUGAGGAGCCCAACGCUGGUGUCUGAAGAUCUGACCGAUCCAGAAG